AUGUACAGUGGAGCACACGGGACGCCCAGCCGAGUGCCGCUCCUGAGUGGCAACCGUCAACAGCAACGGCGGCGUGGUGGUGCGGACAAGGACCGGCGACAGAACACCACGGCCGCCGCCAUUGCUUCCGAACACUAUCACCGCGAGGUUGCUGCGGCGGCGGCGGCGGCUGCUGCGGCCGCAGUGGCCGCGACCAACAGCAAGCGGCCGAACAAGAGACGCAACGGCGCGCCGCCCGGCGUACCGGUGGCUCUGGUGCUGCUCGUGUUGGCCGGUUACAUUUGUCUGGGCGCGGCCGUGUUCGCCGCGUGGGAGGGCUGGACGUUCAUCGACGGCGCGUACUUCUGCUUCGUCACGCUGUCCACGAUCGGGUUCGGCGACCUGGUACCGGGCAAGUCGUUCCAGGGCACCGACACUCAAAACGGACAGCUGCAGCUGGUCGCGUGCUGCGGUUACCUGCUGUUCGGCCUGGUCCUGAUCGCCAUGUCGUUCUCGCUCGUCCAGGAGGAGGUGGUGUCCAAGUGCAGGCACGCCGCCCGCUACGUGGGCCUACUCAAACAGCCGCCCAGGCCCGGCACCCAGCCGUACGCCUUGUAA